CCCCGGCUUUAACAAAGACAACCGCCAGGGUACCAACCCGGAGCAGCAAACGCCCCUUGGGAAGCCCGCGCCGCGCGCCUGCCCGCGCGUUCCCGUAGACGCCGUGCGCCCGCCUCAGCCAGAGCUCUGUGGACCUGAGGAGAAAGCCCGAGGGCCUGCGGCCUCCCAGGACGGCAAGCAGAGCCCAGCCACCAUGAGUGAAAUUCCUAAGGACUCCUUGAAGGCCAUCCUGUUGGAGUUAGAAUGUCAUUUUACAUGGAAUUUACUGAAAGAAGACAUCGAUUUGUUUGAUGUGGAAGAUACAAUUGGACAACAGCUUGACUUUCUUACCACAAAAUCCAGACUUGCUCUUUUUAACCUAUUGGCUUAUGUGAAACACUUAAAAGGCCAAAAUAAAGAUGCUGUAGAGUGCUUGGAACAAGCAGAAGAAAUAAUCCAGCGAGAACACUCAGGUGAAGAAGAAGUAAGAAGUCUAGUCACUUGGGGAAAUUAUGCCUGGGUGUAUUAUCACAUGGACCAACUUGAAGAAGCUCAGAAGUAUAUAGACAAGGUAGAGAAUGUCUGCAAGAAAUUGUCCAGUCCUUCUAACUACAAGCUGGAGCGUCCUGAGAUUGACUGUGAGAAAGGGUGGGCACUCUUGAAAUUUGGAGGUAAGUAUUACCAAAAGGCUAAAGGAGCUUUUGAGAAGGCCCUAGAAGCAGAACCUGACAAUCCAGAAUUUAACAUUGGCUAUGCCAUCACAGUGUAUCGGCUGGAUGAUUCUGACAGAGAAGGCUCUAUAAAGAGCUUUUCUCUGGGCCCCUUAAGGAAGGCUGUUACCCUGAACCCAGAUAACUCCUACAUUAAGGUUUUUCUGGCACUGAAGCUUCAAGAUGUACAUGCAGAGGCUGAAGGGGAAAAGUAUAUUGAAGAAAUCCUGGACCAAAUAUCAGCCCAGCCUUACGUCCUUCGUUAUGCAGCCAAAUUUUAUCGGAGAAAAAACUCUUGGGACAAAGCUCUUGAACUUUUAAAAAAGGCCUUGGAGGUGACACCAACCUCUUCUUUCCUGCAUCAUCAGAUGGGACUUUGCUACAGGGCACAAAUGAUCCAGAUCAAGAAGGCCACGCGCAACAGGCCUAAAGGAAAGGAUAAAUUGAAAGUUGAUGAGCUGAUUACAUUUGCUAUAUUUCAUUUCAAAGCAGCUGUGGAACGAGACUCAAUGUUUGCAUUUGCCUACACGGACCUAGCCAACAUGUAUGCCGAGGGAGGCCAGUAUAGCAAUGCCGAAGUCAUUUUCCAGAAAGCCCUUCGUCUGGAGAACAUAACUGAUGAUCACAAACAUCAGAUCCACUACCACUACGGCCGCUUUCAGGAAUUUCACCGAAAAUCAGAAAAUACUGCCAUUCAUCAUUAUUUAGAAGCCUUAAAGGUUAAAGAAAGGUCAUCUCUACGCCUCAAACUAACAAGUGCUCUGAAGAAAUUAGCUACCAAGAGACUGGGUUAUGACGCCUUCGACGUCCAGAGUUUAAGUGCCCUAGGGUUCGUUUACAAGCUGGAGGGAGAAAAGAGGCAAGCUGCUGAGUACUAUGAGAGGGCUCAAAAGAUAGAUCCUGAAAAUGCAGAAUUCCUUACUGCUCUCUGUGAGCUUCGACUUUGCAUUUAAAUACAUUCUCUAGGAAAUUAGUUCUAAGCUUCCUGCCCCAUUUUAGGUUUUUAUGUUUUUGCUUCCAUUGUUCAUCAUAAACCCAAUAUUUAUUGAAUGGUUCUUGUGUACCAGGCAUUGUGCUAAAUGUUUUAUAUACAUUCUGGCAAAUCUGUGGCUAUCUUCUUUCUUUUGUUAUCAAAACAUUUAGUUCAUUGAGAAACAGCAACAUUCCAGCUAUUUAAACUUUAAAAAAAUGAUGUGACCAUUAGGACUGUAUACCCUUUAUCUUUGCUAAUUAUAAUUUUCUGAUUAAAUUUCAUCGAAUUUCCAACAAUAUGUAUACAGUAAAUAUAAUCCUAUACAAGCCUUUGACAUCUAGGUCAGUAACACUCUUUUAGACGUUUAGAAUUAUUAACUGUAGUUUGCAAAAGAUAGAACCUUUUACCUACGGAUGUUCUAACUUUGAUCAGGACCUGUAACCAUCAAUCUGAUAAUCGUCUAAAGGAUUUUCUUUGCUGGGAAAAAAAGUUUAUAAUAAUGAAAUAUUUGUUAUCUCUGAUGACUUCAAUAAAAGCAGAAAAAACUAGAGCAGGAGAAAAAAAAGAUUUCUUCAAACUUUACAUAUACACAGAAUUUCAGAAAUCUGUGAGAAAUCAGAAAUGUCUCCCAAAAUGUUCAUAAGUAGAUAGAAAUAGUUAUAAGAAAAAAAUGAAUACUAGAAAAUGGUUCCAAAUGUCUCUGGCUCUUUUAACUAGAAAAAUAAACCUAAACUGAUAUCCCUUCCAAUUAAAAUUACAGUAUUUUUAGGUUUAAAAGCAUUGCCAUAGAAAGCAGACCAAAUGAGAAUUUGGGGGAAUGAUAAACAAAUGGAUAAAGUGGAUGCUCCUAACUUACACCACUAGACAAGAUCUCAGUGUAUUUGUUUUGGGUUUGGACUGGGUAAAGUUGUCGUCUCUGGCCUUUGGUUGUUUUAGUGACUUUUAUGAAGCUUUUUCUCUUUUUGAAGUUUUCACAUUGGCAUUUGUUCCUGCAGCUCCUCCAUGAAUAAUUAAACUCAGCUUUAAUAUCCACCUUGAGGGGUCACUGCUUGACUGUUCUUAUCCAAAGGGACUUUUUACAUUGGGAUGUUAUAUGUGGCUUUGCUAAUGUUCCUUCAAUUAUAGACUACACAAUUACAUUCACCACCAUAGUAUUAAAAAAAAAACAUAGUGGAAAAGUUUGCCAUGUGAUUUAAUUCUCUAUACCCAAAAUGUAGCUCUUGAAAUUAUUGUGUAUGUGCGUGUGUAUACGUGUGGUUUUUACAUCUUGUUACUGUUUUUUUUUUUAAUUUCUAUUAUGAUUUUGAGUAUUGUAAAAGUAAUGAGUUCUUACUGUAACAUUGAACAAUACAGAAAUAUGUGAAUUUAAAAGUAAGAACACCCCUUACCCUACCCUAGUCCUACACCCCCGAGGUAAACUAUUAACGAUUUGAUAUGUAUCCUUUCAGAUCUUUUUUUCUAUGUGUAUUCAAACAUAUAUAUAUAUAUGCGUGUGUGUGUGUAUACUGCAGUGUAUCUCAUGAAUUAAAUUUUUAAAAAUG